UCAAUGGGUUGUGCUAUGCUCCUCUGUUGCCACUUCGAUUGUCGUGCUCAGGUAAGGUUGCCCCAGUAGUGUUUAAACAUGUGAGGGGUACGAGCUUCCCAUUUUGGAAUUCAGAUACUAAUCAAAAGAAUAAAAGGAAGGGUUUUGUGAAGAUGGACAUGCAAGCAGAUAGAGGUUCAACAAGCAUGCUGCACGGUUCUGACAACAAAAUUCCACAUGUGCUCACUGUUGCCGGCUCUGAUUCUGGGGCUGGUGCUGGAAUCCAAGCUGAUCUUAAAGCUUGUGCUGCUCGCCGGGUCUAUUGUUCCACUGUCAUAACUGCUGUUACUGCACAGAACACUGUUGGAGUUCAGGGAGUUGAAAUGGUGCCUGACGAUUUUUUGGCAGAGCAGUUGAAGUCUGUGCUCUCUGAUAUGCAUGUUGAUGUGGUCAAAACCGGCAUGCUACCCUCUCUUAGUGCAGUGAAGGUCCUUUGUCAGAGCCUUAGAAAAUUUCCUAUCAAAGCUCUUGUGGUUGAUCCUGUCAUGAUAUCUACCAGUAGAGAUGUACUUGCUGGUCCUUCUGUUCUUGCUGGAUUUCGGGAGGAGCUGCUUCCCAUGGCCGACAUUGUAACCCCAAAUAUAAAAGAGGCAUCGCUUUUACUUGGUGACAUGCCACUAAAAUCUAUUUCUGAUAUGCGCACUGCUGCAAAAUUGAUACAUGAUUUGGGUCCUAGGAAUGUACUUGUCAAAGGUGGUGACCUCCCUAAUUCAUCAGAUGCUAUUGAUGUAUUCUUUGAUGGUGAGAAAUUCUACGAGCUGUGUUCGUCGCGUGUAAAUACUCGCAACACUCAUGGUACUGGUUGUACUUUGGCAUCAUGUAUAGCAGCAGAGCUGGCAAAAGGUUCAUCAAUGCUUGCAGCUGUUAAGGUAGCUAAACGUUUCAUUGAGGCUGCGUUGGAUUACAGCAGAGACUUGGUCAUAGGAAAUGGAGCCCAAGGCCCUUUUGACCAUUUUUUGGCACUUAAGAAUAUCAAUCAGAGUUCUUAUAGACAGGAUAUAUUCAAUCCAAAUGACUUAUUGCUAUAUGCUGUAACGGAUUCAGCCAUGAAUAGGAAGUGGGGCCGUUCUAUUGCUGAAGCUGUUAAGGCUGCUGUAGAAGGAGGUGCUACCAUUGUUCAAUUAAGGGAAAAGGAUGCAGAGACACGGGACUUUAUUGAUGCUGCCAAAGUAUGCCUUAAAAUAUGCCGUUCGUAUGGAGUACCGCUACUUAUAAAUGAUCGUAUAGAUGUGGCCCUUGCUUGUGAUGCUGAUGGUGUUCAUGUUGGUCAGUCUGACAUGUCUGCAAAUCUUGCUAGAAGUCUCCUUGGUCCUGAAAAGAUAAUCGGUGUAUCAUGCAAGACGCCAGAGCAAGCGCAACAAGCAUGGAUUGAUGGUGCUGAUUACAUUGGUUGUGGUGGUGUAUAUCCCACUAAUACAAAGGCUAAUAAUCGCACUAUAGGUUUAGACGGGUUAAGGGAGGUAUGCCAGGCCUCUAAACUACCUGUGGUUGCAAUUGGUGGCAUUGGUUUGUCAAAUGCACGUGCUGUCAUGGAACUUGGUGUACCAAAUCUGAAAGGGAUUGCUGUUGUUUCUGCUCUAUUUGAUAGGGAAUGCAUUUUGACUGAGACAAGAAACUUGCUCGCGCUAACAAGUGAGGCAGCAUUGUUGAUACAAUGAACAUGCGGCAUUGUAGGAGCAAUUUUGCUAUCUUUAGAGUUAAGCGAUUGGUUAAAAAGUUGCUUUCAACUUUAAUGGAAACACACAACUGCAGAGUCUUUAUGCGCCAUGCUAAAUUUGUAGAUUCAAAAUUCCAGAAAAGGCAUUUAUGCCAUGAUCAAUACUGGGGCAGAACAAAACCUAUUUGGAGGUUCAUUUGUUUGCCUUUGUUGGAUAUCGUACCUGCUAAUUUACAGCUUGAAUUAUAGCAAGAAUGAUAGCAGGGGAAAGCCAUUGUAAUUUUUAUUUGGGAAAUACUAUUCUCCUUUCACAUAAGAUAAUUUCUCUCGUGUUCUCUUAUUUCGAUUUUC